CAAUUUUUCGUUAAGGGUACGGCUCUUUUUUCGCCAUCACCGUAACUCACACAUGCGUCAAGUUAUGCAUCUUGUUUUGUUUUAUGUUAUUCGUUUUCGCCUAUCACCUUCUUCACCGCUGUACCAAACACACGCGUCAAGUUGUACUCCACGUUCGAUUGAUGUGCGUUUUUGACGUACGCAUUGAAUGUUUCCGAAACAUACAACAGCGUCAAACUGUGCUUCACGGUGGGCUUGUUUGUGUGCGUUUUCCCGUGCAAAAUCGCCACCUUCGAUAUACUCUUGACUCUUUGUUGUAACUCCCCAAAAAAAAGCUCUUAUACGUGGUUUUCGCUCUUUUCGCCGUCGCCGAAUUUCACACAUGCGUCAAGUUAUGUAUCUUGUUUUGUUUUAUGUUAUUCGUUUUCGCCUUUCACCUCCGUCACCGCUGUACCAAACCCACGCGUCAGCUUGUACUCCCUUAUUGAUUGUUAUGCAUUUUCAUCCAUGCGCUUCAUGGCGCCAGACCAAGCACACGCGUCUAGUUGUACUCCACGUUUGAUUGAUGUGCGUUUUCGCCGUGCAACUUCUUAACCAUCGAUAUACUCAUAACUCUUCGAUGAAAAUCCCGAAAAGGAGAUCUUAUUCACGGUUGUCGCUUUUCGUUUCAAACCGAAACUCACACAUGCGUCAAGUUAUGUAUCUCGUUUUGUUUUAUGUUAUUCGUUUUCGCCGUUCACCUUCGUCGCUGCCGAACCAAACUGACGCGUCAAGUUGUACUCCCUAUUCGUUUGUUAUGAAUUUUCUCCGUGCCGCUUCGUUACCGUCGAUAUACUCAUAACUCUUCGAAAUAACUCCCGAAAGAUGCUCUAAUUAACGGUUGUCGCUCUUUUUUCGCCGCCGCCGAAAAUCACAUGCGUCAAGUUGUGAAUCGCGUUUUGUUUGUUUUGCGUUUACGCCGUUCGUCUUUGUCGCUGCCGAAUCAUACAUACCAGGCUCUGAACACUUUUAAAUGUUAUCAAUAAUAAGCGGCCAUUUUUCUGGAUGAAAACAAUAUUAUCAAUGUUCUAUGAUAAUAUUGUUUGGAUGUUUAUUUGUUAUUAUUCUGUAUUUCUGUGUCACAGACAAGUAGACAACAAAUGUACCUUGAUUCAAACGGGACAGGUAGCAAUUUUUCGUCAAGGGUACAUGAAAUGCGGAACCCUGCUGAUCAUAUUUUAAAAAAUCACGGUUUUUUAAUUCCCAGCCUAAACUGAGAAUACCUAGUUAGAGUAAAAAUCGUCACCUGGCGCGUUAAUAUCGAAGGACGUUAUUGUUAAUUUUUAACGGUCAAUCUUUUGGACUCGUGAAAGUCUCGUGUUAUAACCAAUAUAUUUAUUCUUUGUAUAACUCUGUCGACUGUCGGAACUUGGUCACUUUUUCACUUUGUCACUGAAUAAAUUUGUUCAUCAUCAUGGUUCUUGUAUGUUUGGUUAAAAAUUGUAAAAAUGCCAAAAGCACUACAAAGGAAAAAAAUUGCAACCUUUUUAGAAUACCCAAAGGUUUGGCUCGGUCUUAAGAAUGGUUAAUUAAUUGUGAAAGAGAAGAUCUGAUUUCAAAAUCUGUUGACAACCUUUACAACAAUUAUAGAGUUUGUAUGAACCAUUUUAAAAAUAACAUGUUUUCAAAUCCAGAGAAAACUCGAUUAUGGAUUAGUGCUGUGCCUACUGAGUUUGUAAUGCAAACAACCACAUAUACCUCUUCUGGCACUUCACCAAUAGUUAAUCAUACAAUGGAUUUUAAUUCACCAUCUACCUCAAUGUCAAUCAGUACUACAACUUUAGACGAACAAGUUGAUAAACCAAGUUCAAAACCAGUAUCAACACAAAUUACAAAGGACCUGACUUUAAACACCCCAAGAAAAUCUAAACUUAAAGGUAAAUUAAGUGAACUUAAUAAAAGAUGUACCAUCCUAGAAAAAGAGAUUGAAUCUUUAAUAAAACAAAUGAAUGAAACCUACUAAAACAGUAAUUUUUUGUAAUUUUAACAGAUUUGUUUAAAUUUUUUGUAAUUUUUAACAGGAAAAUAUAAGGUCAGCUUUUUUUGGAAUGUUUUUUAAAGUUCGUUUUUAGAUGUUUUUUUAAGAAAAAAAUUUAAUACAAAAACACGUCCCCGAAUGGGGGAUGCGUUAAAUUUAGGAACAUUUAUAAUAAUUUAACUUUUUAAUAUUUAUUAAGAAUAAUAAGAAAAAUACUUGAUCAAAUCAAAAAGUGUACUGAACGUACCCACUAUCUACUGAUUUGCAAACAAAAUGAAUGUUUCACCUCAGCGUCCCUAUUUUUUUGUAAACCAAAAAAAAAAAUAUUUUACAUUUUUGAUGUCCCUCACUUAUUAAAAUCAACUAGAAAUAACUUUUUUAAGCACCAUUUAACUUUUUCGAAUGGCAUAACAGAAAAAAAAAACAUUUAGUUAAUUUUUACAAAUCUGAUCAAGGUCUUAUUCGUCUUGCACCCAAAUUAACUGAUGCACACAUAAACCCAAGUCCUUUUCAAAAUAGGAAAGUGCAGUACGCUAGGUAGUCAAACUUUUAGUGCAACCGUAGCAGCAGGUAUGCGGACUUGUAUUGAAAGUGGUGUAUUAUCAUCUACUGCUGAAACAACUAUUAUGUUUAUAGAUUAUAUGGACAAGUUAUUUGAUAUCUUAAAUUCGAAACCUAAAGAAGGAAGUAAGGACUUCAAUCAACCAUUUAAAAACACUAAAUCCCAAAGACAACACUUACUUUACAUGUUAGAUGCUUUUAAAUGUAUGUAAUGUGUCUUGGAAACCAAAAUUGUAAAUGGUGAAUUAGUGUCUAAUGAUCUACCACAUAGAAUUAAAUUUUUAAAGGGAUGGCAAAUCACUAUAAAUUCUUUGUUACAUUUAUGGGAUGACAUUGAUAAACCCCUUAAAUAUUCACUAUAUACAUAUAGAUUGAAUCAGGAUUGUUUAGAAAAUCUAUUUGGUAGUUUUCGCAAUCAAAAUGGCAAUAAUGUUAAUCCUACCCCUAUUCAAUUUUUAUGGACAUUUAAAAAAACUUUUUCUUUAAACUAUUUUAAGCAUUCUUAUGGGUCUAAUUGCUUAGAUGAUUUAAAUGAAAUUUUGACAAAUAUUGGUGAUUUGCUCAUCAAUUGGGUUCUGUUAAAUUUUUAUAUUCAGAAAAACUCCUUUUAAUGAGAAUAUUUUAAAAGUUGGUACCUACUGUUGUUUAUCGAAAUUUGUGUAUACCAGCUAAAAAUGCACUUGCAUAUGUUUCUGGCUAUUUAAUAAAAUAGUGUCUAUAAAUUAGCACAUAUCGGGUUAAAAGAACCUACAAUAGGUUUCCUGAUUCAAUUUGUUCAUUUUGGUAUGCUUUGAAAUGGGUAAAUAAAAGCGAUUGAUCCAACUGAUUCUGAUAUCUGGUGUAAUUUAAACAAACAUGACAUGAAUGUUUUUCAAGACACUAGCUAAAAAUGCACUUGCAUAUGUUUCUGGCUAUUUAAUAAAAUAGUGUCUAUAAAUUAGCACAUAUCGGGUUAAAAGAACCUACA